CGUACACCGCCCCGCCCCGCAACGGGAAGACGGAAGGGUUUCGGGGCAGCCCCGCUCCUCGUCGGAGAGGGCAGCACCCGGUGCCAUGGCGCGACUUCGCUGGCAGCCCCACUGCUGAGGGAACCCCGCGCCGGGAGCCGCCAUGGCAGCCCUUCGGUCUGCCCUCUGUAGCUGCCUCCUACUCUGCGUAUCUGGAAUAGUGCCAAAACCCCAAAACACAAGGAUUACUUCAGUUAAUCUUCGUAGCAUUUUACAAUGGGAUGCACCUAGGUUUUACAAAGGGAAUAUAAGUUACACUGUCCAAUCUAAGAGCAUCAAUUUACCUGGAGACACAUACGAAAAUGUGAGCACAAAUUUGAGACUCACAGAGUGUGAUGUCUCUUCUCUGUCUGCAUAUGGAGACUACAUUUUACAGGUCCGAGUGGAGUCAGAAAAUGACCAUUCAGACUGGACGGCCAUCAGAUUUAAGCCAAUGGAUGACACCAUCAUUGGGCCACCUGACGUAAAAGUGAAGUCAGAGUCUGGGUCCCUGCAUGUGGAUUUCAUAGGCCCUUUUGCUGAGCGUGACAACUGGCCUCUGAAGCAGUAUUACGGUUCAUGGAAUUACAGGAUACUGUACUGGAAGAAAGGCAGCACUGCUUCCAGGGUAGCUCAUGUAGACACUAAACAUAACACUGAAAUCCUCUCUCAGUUGGAGCCAUGGACGAUAUAUUGUAUUCAAGUGCAAGCAGUUAUCCCCGAGUGGAACAAAACAGGGGAACUGAGUGAAGUGCUGUGUGAGCAGACAACCCACAACGGUGUAACUCCUGUGUGGAUAGUUGUGACCAUUCUUAUAGGAUCAAUGUUGGUCGUUGUGAUAUCUGUUCCUGUCUGUUUCUUUUUGGUUUUGUAUCUGUAUCGACUCACCAAACAUGUUUUCUGUCCUUCGUAUGUUUUCCCACAACACUUGAAAGAGUUCUUGAACAAGCCUUCCAGUGGUUCACAGAUUUUUUCUCCAGUCCCACAAGAAGAGCAUCUCUUUUAUGACAAGCUAACUGUCAUUUCGGAAGAAUCCAAAAGUCACAGUGAUGAGAGUGGAGAUGAAGCCAGCAAGACACCAGAGCACCUUCAGGACUCUGAACAAGAAAAUUCUGAUUCAAGAAUAGUAUCAGUUUCAGAAAAGGCCUGAAUGCACUCCUUACACUUCACUCAGACCAAAGGAAAAUCAAAUGGUCUGUUGAACUUAUUUUCUACUUGCUACAGUCUUAAGACAGUAAAAAUGAAUACAUGAAGAUGUGUACACAGACUUUUGACAGACAUAUUAUUUUUUUGAGUACAAGAAACUUGACUAUAAAUGAGGAAUUAAGCAAUACAUAAUUUUUGCUACUGUUUGUAGUGGUUCACUUUUAAUUUAUAGCAAUACCUGACACUGUCAUGACAUUAAUUUAAUGAGCAAUUACAUAUAAUACUAGUUAAUUUAACUUUGAUGAACUAUUUAUUGCAAAAGUUAAUAAAACUGAAACUUUAUAUAAGGUUUGUAAAAGAAAGUCCUAUUUUGUAAAGUAAGACCUGAUCUGACUCAUAUUUUGUAAUGAGAAAUUGUGUGUAUUUCUUAAGGAUAUCCCUAGUGGUGUGAUCUUUUUAUUAAAUGUUUUUUUUUACCUGAUGCAAAGUUGUAAAGUUAUUCUGAUGGUAUGAACUUGGUAUGAAUAAACCAAACACAAAUACUCGGUGUGUUUUGCAGUGCAAUGAGAUGUUACUCAUAUCUCAUUGCUAAGGAUAAUGGGAGUGUACCGGUGGACUGUUUGAUAGCCCUCCACGUUCAGGUAUUGCUCACUCCCCUGAGCCUCUGCCCCCCAGUUUCUAUGGCUAAUUAAAUUUUGGCUGCCUAAUCCAGAGUCCAGUGGAAAACUGCAGUUAAAGUGGGAGUUAAAAGGUAGGUUCAUUUUAUUUAUCUACUGAAACAUCGUCUUAGUUAACAACAAAAGAAAAUCCAGGUUGAUGUGACUCCCAUAUUACAUAAUAUAAUCUCAUUGGCAUGUGAAGGUUACAUCCAUGCUAACGCUGGGGCAUAGAGAGUGACCCUUGCACUGUGUACUGAUUUUGUAAUGCGAGUCUUUUUGCAUGUAUUAUUACAUCAAAAGAGAGUGAAAAAGAAAAUUCUGUCAGCAGAA